CCAAAGGCAUCGCCGUGGGAACGAGAAAGACACAGAGAGAGAGAGAGAGAUAUCCGUUUCUAGCGCAGUCAGCACUAAAGUCCCUCACUGCCUUGUUUCGCGGACGGGACGGAGUGUGUGUGCGUGUGCCAUGCGUUUCUGAUCUCCAGCGCUAGAAUGCAGAAUUAUCCAGAGAAGAGGAGAGACUCCGCGUCCCGGGAUGGCGAAGGACACCGGGACGGAGCGCAGGGGAAGCCGCCGGCGGACGCGGAGCGGGAGACGCUGAUGAUGGAGCUGACGCGCCUGGUGCAGAAGAGUUUGAGAGAGAGCAGCUGGUGGGAGAGGAGAGGAAUAGACUGCAGCAUCCUCGCCGCAGCCUUCAUCAGUUUACCAGCAGGGUUCCUGUUGCUGGGUUCGUCUCAGCCGCUGUAUUUCCUGUCAGGUGUGCUGAUAAUGGGCGUGGCUCACGCCGUCAUCACCGUUAAAGGGACACAUCUGUCCAGUCACGGCGCGCUCAGCGAGUCUCCGGCAUGGGCUGACUUCUGGGCCGUCUUCUUCAUCGAAGUGUGCGGCUCGUUCUCAGCGCGGGCUGGCGUUCAGGCUCACGUGAAGAUGCAUCAUGCUCACACUAAUGUGAUCGGUCUGGGAGACUCCAGCACCUGGAAAAUCCCCUUCCUGCCUCGAUCCGUCUAUCUGUUCAUCGCGCCGCUGGCCGUCCCCAUCAUCACGCCCAUCGUCGCCAUCGGUCAGCUGAAGGGUCAGUCUCCGCUCCAGAUCCUGCGCACCAUCCUGUGUGUGUGUCUGGGCUUUUUUUCUCAGUAUUAUCUGCUCAGGUGUGUGUCGGGUCUGUCAUGCAGUUCCGCUCUGCUGGUCAUGCUUCUGUGCAGAGCCAUGUUCUCCCUGCCGUACAUACACGUCAACAUAUUUCAGCACAUCGGCCUGCCGAUGUUUUCUGCCACUAAUCGGCCCAAACGCAUCUACCAGAUGACGCACGGAGUCCUGAACCUUCCCCGAAACCCGCUGCUGGACUGGACCUUCGGCCAUUCCCUCAUCAACUGCCACGUGGAGCAUCACCUCUUCCCAUUCCUGUCUGACAACAUGUGCCUGAAGGUGAAGCCGAUCGUGUCUCGGUAUCUGAAGGAGAAGAAGCUGCCGUAUCAGGAGGACGGUUACGUCUCCCGUCUGAGUCUGUUCUUCCACAAAUAUCAGGAGCUGAUGGUGUUCGCGCCGGCCAUCACUGACCUGGUGGGAAUCCAGUGACGAUGGGACGGAGAGCAGAAGACAAGAGAAGAUGGACACUGACAUGACAGCCAUUCAAAUUUUAUAUUCUUUCAAUUGAUGCAUGAAGGCAUUAGAAUUAAAUUCAACAUGAAACUCGGCUCACAGCCCAUUUUACUUGCAGAACGUGACAUAUUUAUGAAAAAAACAGGGUAUCUGACAAGAAAAAAAUGCGAGAUGAGACUUGAAUGAUGGCAUCCGCUGGAGAAGAAAGUGCUUUCAGAGAUGGAUGACAAUUUGAUGAAGGAUUAUGAAGCUAAACAUUUGUUUGUUUAGAAUAGUAUGCACUGAUGAAUCGUGAAAAGACCAGGAAUGUGCAAUAAGAAAGUACACUUAACUUUAUAACAAGCAAUGCCAUGCAAACAAAGCCUCUUUUCAUAUAUGACAGUGCUUCCAAUUCGUUUAGCUAAAUGACAUUAUUGAAUGUAAGGAUCUUUGCCUCAUGCGCUGAUGUCAGAUCAGUGGUAAUAUAGCUCUUCAGUUCUCAUCAUACACGACCUCUGACCCCGGAUCAGCUCUCAGCUUCAAUAUGCAGCUGUAUGAAGACUAAAAACAUGCAUAAAACUUUACCUGAUCUAUACAGGCCACACUUUAGCUUUGUUCCAAAGUUUAGUGAGCUGCCUUUGCUGUCUCUUAAAGGGAAAGUUCACCUAAAAAUGAAAAUUCUGUCAUUUACUCACCCUCAAGUUGAUCCAAACCUGUAUGAAUGCCUUUCAGUUGUUGAACACAAAAGAGUACUUUUGAAGAAUGUUGGUAACCAAACAGUUGAUGGUAGCCAUUGACUUCCAUUGUAUUUUUUUCCAUAUUAUGUAAGUCAAUGGCUACCGUAAACUGUUUGGUUACCAACAUUUUUAAAUAUUUUCUUUUGUGUUCAACAACUGAAACAAACUCAUUCAGGUCUGGAACAAGUGGAGAAUGAGUAAAUGAUGACAGCAUUUUUGGGUGAACUAUCCCUUUAAGAGACUAUUUUGAUAAACUGCAAAUCUGUAUGUGAAACACAAUUGAUUGCAAUAGAGUUUGCAAUGCAUUAUGGGAUUGUCUUCUCAACCAGGGUUAUGUGUGAUGCUGCUUUUAAAAUUUUGGCCAAAUGAAGGUAUCUUGAUGGUAGCAUAAUUAUUCUUCAAAUGCUGUCUAGAUAGGCUGCUCACUAGGAUUUGAAACACAGUUUUUGUGUAGAUUAAAGCAAAUAGGAGACAGAAAUGAAGACUUUCUUUUUUUAUGAUGGUUGUAGGUUGAUGUAUUUGAAUUUGCUAACAACAAUGCUAUAAUCUACGUACAAUAUUAAUACAGCACACAGUAGAGAUGAGUACUUUAACUGUAAUGAAUAUGUGGGAAAUGAUUUUUUAUGACCUAAACACAAUAAUCAUAUUCACCGUAUUACAGUUGUACUUAUGCACUGAUAGGUGGGGGCUGUUUUUUUUAAUGUAUAUAAUUCAGUGAUUUUAACCAAAAUCAUUCACCUCUGACUUGCUUUCGCUGAAUGCUUGUGAAUGUAAGUGUGUCUGUGAUACUGAGAUGUGUGUUUGAGAGAAUGUUGCUCUCCUCUUUCAUUUGAAAUGAAGAUGAUACAUUGAUUUUACUGACCAAAUAAACUGAAGUAUAUUCAGCUGU